GACGAUGAUGAUGAUGAUGCUGAGACGUUCUUUGGGGGCGCUGAGCGCAGACUGAGCAGCGGGCCUGCAGCUUUUGUUAAAGAGGAACCGAACACAUCCUGAAGCCACGGGAUUGGGCAGCCACCUCUCAGCGUAACACCCCCUCCUCCGUUAAGAUUUGCGUUAAAACGAAACGAAAGGCCCUGCGCUUUAUCAAAAACUAGGACUGUACAUUUUUUAAAUUUUUUAUCUUUUGACACUUUUUUCUCCCUCUCCUGAGGAUUAAACGAGGAAACGUUGCAGCCUGGUGUAUGUGUUUAGAAUGGGACACACUGAAGGUCCAGUCAAAGAAAAAGACAGUUAAGGAUGCAGGAGCCCAACAAUGGAUUUCUCCUUCUCUUUCAUGCAAGGGAUCAUGGGAAAUACAAUUCAGCAACCCCCUCAGCUCAUUGACUCGGCCAACAUCAGACAGGACGGCACCUGCGACACCGGCAGUGACCCGGGUGAGGAUGGUGGACCCUCUUACGAUACUGCCCUGGAUGCAGAGUUUUCUUACCCAUCAUCAGCUUCAGAGGAGAUGCCACAGGUUUCCAAUGGUUACCCGCCAGGUUUGGGCAUGUAUGAGCCGCAGACCAAGUUCUCCAUGUUCUCACAGUUCCCUAAUGGCUCGGCUAAUGGCUACGGGGCGAUACGCAGCUAUGGAGAGCAUACUCUCUUGGCAGGGGAGGGGACUGUACUGAGAGGCCCAGGUCUCCAAGAGCGAUCUGUAUCUCCUGUGUCACCACCGCUGCCCUCACAUCACCCACAUCUUCACCAUCAUCAUCAUCAUCAUCCGCAUCAGCAGCACCACCACCACCCAGCACAACAUUUCCAUUCAAACCCUCCAAAUAUACAAACUCACCCGCUCCCACAGAGCCCUCCGCCACCACUGCCCUCACAGCACCACCUGCCUCAAACACCUCACAUUAUGACACACAAUCUUCCGCCACCUCCGCCAUUGCACCUGCCUUCUUCCAGCCCUCCUCCUUCUCUUGUGGACAGUACUCCAUCUUCUCAGCUUCACCAUACCCCAUCUAACACCCCUGGUGGGGUGCUGAAGAAAACCAGCUCUCCAGAGAUUAAGCUGAAGAUCAUAAAGACGUAUCAGAAUGGCAAAGAGCUGUUUGAAUCUGCUCUGUGUGGGGACUUGCUGCAAGAACUACAGAAGGAGUCCCAGAAGAAUGAAGGCACACAGAUGCAACGAAGACAUGAGAGGAAGAAGGAGAAAAGGAAAAAGAGUGCAAGACUACAGAUGCAGGUCCAGGAACAGGGUUCGGAGCAGAGCCAAACUCAAGCAAGUACAACUGGCCAGACAGAGGACACCAACAUCCAGCCCCAGGAGAAAGAGCAACUUGCAGCUGAGACAGAGAAACCUCAGAAGAUAGUUAAAACUGAACAAAAGACACCAAAGGUUCCGAAGGUCCAUCACCCUUCUGUCAUCCAAGCAGGUUUCUGUAAAGAAUUUGUGAUUGGAGAUCUGGUGUGGUCCAAGGUGGGCACCUACCCAUGGUGGCCCUGUAUGGUCUCCUCUGACCCGAUGAAGGUCCACACACGCAUCAACACCAGAGGUCACAGAGAGUACCAUGUCCAGUUCUUUGGCAGCGUAGCUGAACGAGCAUGGAUCCAUGAGAAGAGGAUUGUCAUAUAUCAAGGGCAGCACCAGUUUGAUGAGCUUCAGGCAGAAACUCUACGCAAGACCUCAAAUCCUGUUGAAAAACAAAAACUGCUGAAGCCUAUCCCUCAAAGGGAGCGUGCUCAGUGGGAAGUGGGCGUCGGCCACGCUGAGGAUGCAUUUGUUAUGACACGCCAGGAGCGCAUUGACAACUACACCUUCAUAUAUGUUGAUCCAGACCCUAAUGAGCCACCACCCAUCAAGAAGACCAACAUCAGAGCUGAGAAGAGCAGCCGGCGCUCCAGUGGCUCUGCCACUAAGAAAGAGGAUGCCGGGGUCAAAUCACCAGAGAGAGACCAGCCACCACGAAGACAACUGCCACGUAGACAAUGUAGUGUUUCAAAUGUAGAUGACAAAAUUGACUCGCAGGCCCCCAAAGAAGAGAAGAGCCAGAAGGAGGAACCUACUAAGGCUAGCUCCCCUGCCCACAAUACAGUUUCCAGUGCACGAGCACGAGAGGAAUCCCCACCGCCAGUCAGGGCCUGGAAAACUGCAGCAGCAAGAAAGUUGCUGCCUCUCUCCAUCACUAUGAAGAGGCUGAAUGUGGAGAUCACAAAGUGUGACUGGCCUCUCUUGCAGAAGAAAAUGGCUCCCUCUGAAAAAGAGGAGAGGGAGGAGAAAGUGAGAGAGGAAAGCAAGCAGCCUGACCAAGGAUACUGUUCACCUGAGGAUUGCAGAACAAAACCUGAACCCAGUCCAGAGGAGGAGGAGGAAGGAGAUGAAGUGCAGGAAGAAGGGAAGGGGAGACGAGGUUCCCCCACCAGUCGGAGAAAUGAGGAGAGUGGAAUGAAGCAAACCUCUCCUGGAUCACACCACAGUAGUCCACAAGGUUCUCAAGAGAGAAAACUGCAGCGACGGUCAGUCAGGAGCAGGUCUGAGUCUGAGAGAAUCAGCGAUCCAGUACCUAAAAAGAAAACCAAAAAGGAGCAGGCUGAGACUGCUCCCGAGACCACACCGAGGACAGGUUCACAGAAAGGUGCCAGUGAAAUCUCAGAUGCUUGCAAGCCACUGAAGAAGCGAAGCAGAGCUUCAACAGAUGUAGAGGUGGCUUCAUCUCAGUAUAGAGACACCUCUGAUUCUGAUUCUAGAGGCCUCAAUGACUCCCAGGGUUUAUUUGGGAAGAAUCCUGAUAGUCCAGCCGCAGCAGAUGCAGAUGCAUCAGAUACUCAGUCUGUAGACUCUGGUUUGUCCCGCCAGGACAGUAGCACUGCCAAGGGAGACACAGUCUGCCAGAUCUGUGAGGUGUAUGGAGAGAGUUUGCUCAUAUGUGAAGGUGACUGCAGCAGACAGUUUCAUUUGGAGUGUCUUGGCAUCCGCUCCCUACCUGAUGGCAAGUUCACCUGCCUGGAAUGCAGAAAUGGCAGUCACACUUGCUUCAGCUGUAAAGCGGUGGGAAAGGACGUGACGCGCUGCUCGGUCGCCGGAUGUGGCUGUUUCUACCAUGAGGACUGUGUCCGUAAACUCCCAGGAACAACCAACAGUCCCGGUGGUGGCUUCUGCUGUCCCCAGCACAGCUGCGCGACCUGCUGCCUGGAGAGAGAUGUGCAGCAUGCCAGUAAAGGAAGUCUGAUGCACUGCAUUCGUUGUCCAGUGGCGUAUCACACAGGAGACAGCUGUGUGGCAGCGGGCAGCAUGUUUCUCACUCAGCAUAUUAUGAUCUGCAGCAGCCACAGCAGCACCAGGAGGAAUGGACUCCUUACCUCUCCUGUAAAUGUGGGAUGGUGCUUCCUUUGUGCCAGAGGGCUGUUAGUGCAAGACCUUACUGACACCAUAUUAAGUUCAUAUGCCUAUAAGUCCCACUACCUUCUGACUGAGUCAAAUCGUGCUGAGUUGAAAUUACCUAUGAUUCCCUCUCCUUCGUCAGCUACCAAAAAGAAUGUUGGGAAAGGAGGCAAGUUGCUGUGCUGCGACUCAUGCCCAGCCUCUUUCCAUCCGGAGUGUCUGGAGAUGGAGAUGCCAGAGGGGGCGUGGUCCUGCAGUGAUUGCAGGGCAGGGAAGAAGCCACACUACAAACAGAUUGUCUGGGUCAAACUGGGCAACUACAGGUGGUGGCCAGCAGAGAUCUGUAACCCUAGAUUGGUGCCAUCAAACAUUCAGAGCCUUCGCCAUGAUAUUGGUGACUUUCCCGUUUUCUUUUUUGGGUCACAUGACUACUAUUGGAGCAACCAGGGACGUGUCUUUCCCUAUGUGGAAAAUGACAAGAAUUUUGUAACGGGUCAGAUCAACAUGAACAAAACCUUCAGGAAAGCUUUGGAAGAAGCAGCGAGAAGGUUCCAAGAGCUCAAGGCUCAAAGAGAAAGCAGGGAGGCACUAGAGCAGGAACGCCACUCUUGCAAACCUCCACCUUACAAAUUUAUCAAGUCCAACAAACCAGUAGGAAAAGUACAGGUCCAUGUAGCAGACUUGUCAGAAAUCCCACGAUGCAACUGCAAAUCAACAGAUGAGCGUCCCUGCAGCAUCGACUCCCAGUGUCUCAACCGUAUGCUGCAGUACGAGUGCCAUCCACAGGUGUGCCCUGCUGGAGAUAGCUGUGAGAACCAGUGUUUUUCCAAACGGCUGUAUGCAGAGACAGAAGUGAUGAAGACAGAUGGGCGUGGCUGGGGUCUCAGAACCACGCAGGCACUGAGGAAGGGUGACUUUGUGAUCGAGUAUGUGGGAGAGGUGAUAGACGCAGAGGAGUGCCAGCAGAGGAUCAAACGUGCCCAGGAAAAUCAUGUGACCAACUUCUACAUGCUGACACUCACUAAGGAUCGCGUGAUUGAUGCCGGCCCAAAAGGGAACACGUCUCGAUUUAUGAACCACAGCUGCAGCCCCAACUGUGAAACCCAGAAGUGGACGGUAAACGGAGACGUUCGCAUUGGCCUCUUCUCCCUCUGUGAUAUUGAGGCUGGUGACGAGCUCACUUUCAAUUACAACAUGCACUGUGUGGGCAACAGGAGGACAUCCUGCCACUGUGGCGCCGAUAACUGCUCUGGAUUCCUUGGCGUUCAGCCUACGAGUGCCGUAGUGAUGGAAAAGGAGGAGAAAGCCAGGAAUGCUAAGCUGAAGCCGAAGAAGCGGAAACUGCGGCUGGAAUGCAAACACACACAUGAGUACUUCUGUUUUUACUGUGGUGAAGGAGGGGAGCUGGUGAUGUGUGACAAGAAGGACUGUCCAAAAGCCUACCACCUGCUUUGUCUAAAACUUACCAAGCCCCCGUAUGGGCGCUGGGAAUGUCCAUGGCAUGACUGCAGUGUUUGCAGUGCCCCAGCAUCAUCCCUCUGUGACUUUUGCCCUCGCUCCUUCUGCCGGGAUCAUGAAGCAGGGGCUCUCACCAGCUCUUCCCUGGAAGGCCGCCCAUGUUGCUCCAGUCACAACCCCCUCAGUCCGCUGGGUUCUAAUGGCAGCUCAGCCCAGCCACGCCGCUCUGGACUGAGCCCUGUAAAGGUCAAAGAGGAGCCAGCAACUGAGCCAGGCAAGCUGGCUACCGUGUGACGCCACAGAUCCUUCAAUACCUCAUUCCUUAAAAAGUGCACUCCUGUUGUCCGGAGCCUCACCAGUCUCCCAAACUCUUACCUGAAAUGGUGCACUUCAGAUGGGACAUACCGUGCUUGUUUGUUUGUUUUUUGUCCGGCAUCCCCCCACCCAUUUUUUUAAUGACCAGUGUGAUACAGAGUUGGAAGUCACGCUGAACAUCUCUUUUCAGUUUGUGGCAAGAACAGAGCGACUGGACAAUUUUCUGGAGUGUCAGCAGCAGAGGAGGCGACCUGGCGUUACUGUAGGGCGUUUUUCAACUCUCUCACCAUAAAAUACCACUACAUCCUCACAACACUCUCCACAGCUUUUCUGUGCCCAUCAGGUGGCUGCAACCACCACCUCAUUGUGUAUCUCAUUUUAUUUCUACAGCUGUGGAAAUAUAAAAUGUUAUUCUGUUGUCAGCACUUUGGAGAACCCAGUGAGUGAGGCAAGGAGCUGUCGAGAGGGGAGGCGCUCUACAGCCUCCACCAUGCUGCUCCUCUCCUUGUUUAUCUGCUGUAUGCUGUGGUCUUGUUCACGUUUCAGACACGGGAAGGCUUCAUGGAGUUCGUGGCGACCACACGGAGCCAGUCUUUCUUCUCCCCCACGAACAUCACCCCUCUUGAAUUGAUUCAUUGUCAUAUUGAUCUCUCCUUUUAGAAAGGAGAAGGAAAUGACCAAUUUGUGCAAUUUUUACAGAACCACACUACAUUCCAGCCCUUCCUUAGACAUGAUUUUAAUCUACUUAUGGGUAUAGAUGAAUAUAAUUAUAUACAGUAUCUAUGUUUAUUAAUGUUUACAGACAGAUUCUCCCGCUUCAUCUCGGUGAGUGGUGUAUUGAGUUUGUUUAGGUGUUAAGCGUUACACAGACCUCCUUGUGAACAUAGUCCUAUUUAGGUGAAAUAUUAUGUUAUAUAGUGUAAUGGUAUUACAUUACAGAAGUGCUCGUGACUUUAAUGUUGCCAGUCUCAUCAUUCUGUACAUAAUUGGCAGAUAGUGUAAAGUACUUAAAGAUCAGGAGGGACCGUCACAGCCUCUGACUGUUCCUCAAAGAAGGAAAAGGAUUUUUUUUUUUAAUGAGAAAAAAAAUUAUUUGUAAUGGAAAUAUGAGCUCCUCAGUUGUUAUUAUUUUGAUUCAUUUCUAAGAGUUUCCUGUUGGGUUUGGCUUGACUCAUGUUUCAGAUGGAGGGGCCCAGCUUGUGACUACUGGUGCUGUCUUAGUGUUGAUAGUCAGGCUUAAGUGAACAUCUCAGUUCGACUCUGGCUGUGCUAAUUACUGCUCACACUUACGUAGUUCGUUUCUUUGUGUACUGUGACUUGCUUUUAUUUUUCAUUUUAGUUUUUGCCAAACUUCUCUGAAGCACUUUCAUACACAACUUAUUGCUACACAAAUAAGGUAGAUCGUACAUAUACACAAAUGUAUAUUAAAAGAACAUAGGACAAGUGUACAUGUUUCAAAAUGGGUACUGCUUCUUCAUGUUGUAAUGUCAGAAUUUAAACUGUUGUUAAUUUGGUCAGGACACGAUGGGUGCUAGGGAAGGUUCUGAGGAAAAUGGCCUGGUGUUUUUUUUUUUUUUUGGUACAAGUAGGAAAACUUUUAGCCCCGUUAGCCUGUUCAACCGUCCUGUUACGCAAAUGGCCUCUGCGUGCUCCAGGGUUGUGAGGCACUUACUUUUUCCUUUUCACUGGAGUGUAUGACUUGGAGAACAUUUUCAAGGCUGGGCACAAUGUUACUCAGAAGUCCAGUAUAAUGUACAGAAAUGUUAAAAACUUAUGUACAGUGUUUUUAAAUCGUUCAUCUGUCAAAUCCAAAUUUUUUUGUAUUUAUUGCACCACAUUUUAUACCAGUCUUUUCUUUUUCAAACACCUUUUCAGUAAAAUUGUCUCCACCAAAAUAGACUGUAGGAUUUAAACAAAAAAGGGUGGGGGGUUGUUUUUUGCUUAAAAUAUCUAUCUAGACAUUGCAUAUACUUUGUUUCCUUUUUUCAUUGGUGUAAUGAUUCCACAUUUGGUAACAGACGCUGCUCAUCUGCUUGUUUUGUGACUCACUGUAAUUUGUGUGAAAGCAGUUCAAUAUCAGAAUGUAAAGUUUUCUGUUUGGUGUGUUUUUCUGUUCGCUUUGACUGAAGUAAUUAAGAAACGAGGAAUCUUUUGUCAAUUUGUGUUUUCUGCCGAUAAUUAUGUGUCCAAAAGUUGGUCAUGGAGCAACAGGGUGAAAUGCUGCCAAUGUUUUUCUGUUCAGUCUCUCUGCCAAUAUACAUGGUCGUUUCAUUGAGAGAAAAUAAGUGUUGCCUGUUGUGUUGAUUUCCUUUCUCAAUACAGGAACUGCUCCCAGCCUCUGGCAUUCACACAUGCAUUGAGCAGGAUUUUUUUUUUUUUUUUUUUGAGUAGCUAAAUGUAGAAACUAAACCACUUCAUUAGUCACUGUAGAUCACACAGCGCAUUAUCAGGUUGGUGCGUCAUUAAGGCACUUUGACUUACAAACUCAGUCUGCAUGUUAACUGUCUUAAAUUGAAUUUUCUUUAUUUUUAGUCUUCUUUUUUUUGUUUAACUUAUUGACCUUAAUUUUUUUUCUACACAGCAUUCUUAUUUCUGUGGCGAUGAUUAUUAUACUGCAGGCAUCCUUGACUGUGGCUGCAUGUCUGUCUGUCUGUCUGUCAGGUCUGGCUGCUAGUUGUGGCGUUGGGUGUCAAAACCUUUUGAGUGCUGACAUGUCAAAUACAUGACGCUGGUUUACGUUUGCUUAAUCAGAGAGUGUGUACUUUUUCCUUUCUUUUUUCUUUUUUUUUUAUCAAAUUCUGCAAAAAAAAAAAAAUUAUUUUUGCACCUGCACCAACGUGAUUCUCUUGUGCCAGGGUGAUGACCUCUUGCCCUCCGGAGCAGAUGCAGCAGCAGUAUUAUGUAUGCCUCUUAAGUGUCCAAGUGUGUGGCAUCAUUUCUUUUAUGUAAUAUACUAUCUGAUGUAUAUUAUUUGUAGAGUUAUUGUUGGUGUGCCCCCCCCUUUUUUUUUUUUUUUUUUUUGAGAAAAGACAGCAUGUUUGUUCUCAUUUAAGUGAUCCUUAAAAAGCUUGAGGAAGAUUUUAAGUGUCCAGAUAUUUGCUAAUUAUUUUUAUAUAUUAUAUAAUUUAGGAUUCUCCCCAUUGUACGUUGAAAGAGUAUUUUUCAACUCACUGUGAUGUCUUUUGGUUUGUGUGCAAUGUUUCUGUUAUAUUUUUAAUUGACAUGCUGUCAGAGGAGAACUAGUGUUGGAAUAAACUGAAUUCACCGUCAUAAACGCUCAUCUCUCUUGUUUUUCCUUGUAAUAAACUUGCUUACAGUAACUGUAACUGGGGUCAUAUCUAUUUCUCUUGAUGUUGCUUCAAAUAAACUGGAUGAACACAAAGAUACCAUGAUGAUUACUGUUUGACUUGUUACUGCAUAUUGUGGAAGACUUGUAAAUAAUUUGCAUUGAACUUGCAUUGGGUCAUGUUACUGUGCCGUGCUCUCUUGCCUGUACAAUUCUGCUUCUAAACGUGUGUGACUGUUGAAAAAACACUUUUUGUACGACUGUCUUUUUAUUUGAGAAUAUUGAUUCUGUCCUUUUUUCAUUCUGAAGUUGAGUUUGAAGAGUUCAGACAUGCCUGAAGUUUGACUAAAUAAAGCUGUACUCUGUCUCAGUGAAA